GGCUUGUUUGGGGGAGGGGGGUUGUCCCCCCAUCUGUUUUCCUCGCUUCCCCCCUCCAGCCCGUUUCGUUGAGUCAAGCGAGGGGAGGGGGUGUCCCCCUUUCAUUCAUUCAUCCCACGCGCGCAGGAUCCUCCGGCCCAAGCCCGGCCCGGCGGGGAAGCGGACGUGGGUGGUGUUCAUCUCAUAGUCUCUCCUUCCUUGGCUUGGCAACAUGACCGAGGGCUGGGUGGAUUGCCCUUCACUAGGGCCUGGCUGGCAGCGCCGCGAAGUCUUGCGAAAAAAUGGAACGAGACCUGGACAAUCUGACACCUAUUACAUGAGCCCCAGAGGAGAGAAGAUCCGCAGCAGAGUGGAACUGACAAGGUUGCUGGGGUGCUCACGGGAUCUGAGAGACUUUGAUUUCAAGAAGGGGAUUUUUCUUGAUCCAAGUGCUGAGCCCCCAGCCCCGCCACCCCUCCCACCUGCUGGAGGAAGCCACUGGAGGCCCCACAUCAAAAAGAGUCGGAAAAGGCACCCUCCAUCUCUGGCAGCAGCCCCUCCUCUGCCGAAAAAACCUCCCGACUUGAAAGUAUUGGAGGAGCCUCCAGACCGAGACCUUCCAGACCAGAAGCCUCUCAAGCUGAAGCUGGAGUUGCCAAUGGAGGAGGCCCCUCUCAGUGUUCUGACCGAGCAGCAGGAACCUCCAGCUCCAGCCGAUCAACCAGCGCCAAAGCCCCGCAAGCGUCGCUGCCGGAAUCAUCUCCCGCCCAUCCUUGCACCAGGAAGUGGGGGAGAAGCCACAGUACAAGAGACCAAUCCAGAGGAAACUGUAGCAUGCUGUGCCAGCUGUCAGGUUCAGUUCCCAGGUGUGAUGCUUCCAACCCAGAGACGCUGCCGGUGGCUCUGUCCAGAUUGCAGAGCCCAGAGAAGAGAUUUCAACCGGGAGCAGAGAUACUACAAGCAAAUUGGCUGUGGUGUGUGCCAAGCCUGCCAGAUGUCUCAGGACUGCGGCAUCUGCAGUGUGUGUGUCCUGCGAGCCAAGAGCCCCGAGCUCCGUAUUGGCAUCAAAUGCCUGCUGCGCCGAUGCUUGAAGAUUGUCAAAAAGGGCCUUGAAUGUGGCUUGUGCCAGGCCUGCAAGAUAACAGAAGACUGUGGCGAUUGUGUUAUCUGUUUGCGGAGGCAGAAGCCAGGCAUGAAGCGCCAGUGGAAAUGCCUCAGACGUCGCUGCCUUAAACGCAAGAAAAAAAUGCCCCCCAAGAAGGACACCUGUAGCUCCAAGAAGCUUACCAUAGAAGCAGCCUCUGCAAAGGAUACUGUUACCCCAGCACGACGCCGGCAGAAGAAGCCAGCCCCUGCAACAGAUGGGCCUCCUCCCAAGGCUCUGGGGGCCCCAAGGCGACGCCAUAAGCGGGUGUCAGCACCACCGCCACUACCACCACCACCACCACCAUUACCAACAGAGUCCACAGAUGGGCCCCUUCCAAAGGCCCAGCUGGUCUCAGGCUGCCAUCGUCGCAAGAACGCUACUACAACAAAAUGGAAACCUACUAUGGAGCGAGAUCCUGGAAAUGUUUCUGUUGCAAAGAGUAAGAAGAAGCAGCUGGAAGCAGUGAAAGAAAGAAAGAUGGUGGGUCACCCUCCCAAACAUCCCUCAGCCAAGCUGAAGAAGAGCGUGCAUGCGUCCAAAAGCCGACAGAACCGGAAGUGUGGUGAAUGUGAGGCUUGCCUCCUGAAGACCGAUUGUGGCCGCUGUGACUUCUGCUGUGACAAGCCCAAGUUUGGUGGGCAGAAUCUGAAGCGCCAGAAAUGUCGCUGGAGACAGUGCCUGCAGUUCGCAAUGCAGGAGUGCUCUUCAAGUGGUGAGCCAGUUGAUCCACCCAAGCCACACAGCCCAGAAAAGCCCCAGCAGCAGCAGCAGCAGCAGCUGCUGCUGCCACCACUGUCACUGCUGCCACCACUGGAGUUGAAGAACAAACCAGAGGGGAGUGGUUUUACUCUGGCCCAGGGAACCAUCGAGGAUCACCGCACGCCAGCACCACCUGUCAAGCAGGAGCCAGAGGCCCCUUGCUGCCCCACCCCACCCAUCCAUGUUCUGGCGAAGGAAUCGGACACCAGGUUACCUGCUGUCAACCUCCUUAUUGCCACCUCUCCCAAAAUCAAACAGGACCAUGUAGAACCAGGUGGGGACCGUCGACCAUCCAAUGAUUCUCCGGUGUUAGCAGGGCUCCCCCAAGUUAAGAGGCUACAGGGAACACAGCAGGGUGGAGAAGUGGUGGUUCUAGAUGAUGAAGAGGAUGAUGAAGAAGUGGAGCAGCAGCGGCAAAUUCGGCCUCCAGUGAUAAUGGAGAUCCUCAGCCUGGGUGGCGUGCAACCUCUGAACCAGUUGGACAGUGUCCUGCGAGAGUUCUUGAAUGAGCUCAACGAGAUCCCUCUCCCUGCUCAUUGGGAAGUGCUGCCUCCCGUGGGUGGCCCUGACCUGCGUCUUGUACAGCGCUCGAAACACUCCACCAUGUCAGCAGCGGUCAUCCACAUCCGCCCAGGCCUUUUCUUCCAUGUGGUGGUGCGAGACCUGCCUGUGCCCCCUGGCCAUAAACUCUAUGCCAGCCACCCUGCCCGCCUCACCACUGUUGAUGAGGUGGUGGAACUUAUUUGUGACCUGGAGGCUUAUCAGCUUUGUUCUGGCUGGCCUGCAGGGUGGCAUGCGGGCAGACGGUCUGAGGCCUGUGAUGUUCUUGUGUACUCGGGUUGCUGCCCACAGUGCCGCCUAAACCCUUGGCCGUCAGGAAGUGGUACCUGUUAAGAACCAAGCUGGAAGGGGGGAUUUGUGAUGGGACUCUGCCCUGUGGGGCAAUGAAGGGCAGAAGUUUUAUUUUGACACUGGAAAAGGCUGGGAAAUCUGAAAGGAUUAUUCCUUGCCAUAAAUAGCUUUAUAUAUAUUUUUCCCUCUUGUUCAAUAGCUUGGCACAACAAGUCAUAAUCCUCUUGUCGUCUGUUGUCUUUGUCACUCACUUUUGUGGUAGACUACAUCUGCAACUGGGCACAGAGAAGAAAAUGUCUUUUUAAAGGCAAGUCUCCUGUCUUGCUUUGGCCGUUCCACUUUUCUUCUGCCAGAGUUGCAGCGUGGUCUGUGGCAUAUCUUGACAAUUUGUGGUGAUCACCAGCUCCCAGCACUAUUAAAAUCUCACAUGCUUGGCAAAAUAGCUCUACAUGUUGACAGGAGGGAAAUGUGUAGCAGUGGCUUAUGUGUCUGUCUGGGCCCUUUGUUGCGUUUUCCUUGCCUGCCCAUCCUGCUUAUCACUCUCCUGGAGGUGUCUAGGACCACAGUGUGGAAAUACCUACUCUACACCAAACACAGGAAGGAUGGGAUUGAAGAUUAGGUUUUCUCUUUCCUAAAGAUUCCCCUUUCCUUCAUUUUCCAUCUAAAACUUGACUGGUAGUCCGGGGCAUGGUUUUCUUUGUUUUCAAGAUUGUUGCGUUUGGAUGGUUAAUUCUGUCUGAGGACCAGGAAGAUUUCUGUUUGUUUGUUUUGAGGAGCUGGGAAGUUGGAACUGAAUGUCACUCAUGGGGUAAAAGAUGGGGGCCACUCAGAAUGCUGAAGAAUUCUGGCACGUUCCGUUCAGGGAAGUUCUACAGAAGCCAUAGCUGUUCUUUACUUGCUAACGUGUGGUUUUGUGUCUCCCUUCAGCGUGAGUGGUGGCUGCAGCACCAGCACCAAAUGCUCCUGACCCCUUUCCCUUAUGCCUCAAGCAGUCCGUUUACGUUUUUUUUGUGGGGGCACGUAAUUCUUUUCUCUCACAAGAAAAGAAUUAAUUGUUGAAUCAGAACUGGUCUCUAUUUUUUUUAAUGUAUUAAAAAUUUUAAUGACCACA